AUGUGGUUGAUGUUGAUUCUUUUCAAAAGCGAGGCGAUUAGAGAAGAUUCUUCAAGUUUAGAGACAUCGUGGCUUUUGCAUUGAAUUUACCAAGAUGGGAGCAUAUAGAUCUGUACCGCUAGUUGAGAAGGCAUCAAAUGACGGUGAAGGGAAUGGGGUCGCAUACGGUGUGUCUGAAAUGCAAGGGUGGCGGGUGACUAUGGAGGAUGCCUGGACAUGUUUGCCAUAUUUAGAUGAAUCAACAUCUAUGUUUGCAGUCUUUGAUGGUCAUGGAGGGCAAGAGGUUGCACAAUUUUGUUCGAAGAAACUGGCAAACUUCAUAAAAGAUUCUGAAGGUUAUAAAAAUGGUGACUUGCGCAAAUCAUUGGAUGAUGCUUUUAGAAGUAUAGACCAAUCCAUUCUUGAUGAAGAGACAAUAAAAGAGUUGAAAGAGCUUGCAGGUGACCGCGAUGAAGACGAUGAUGAUGAAGAAACUGCAAUGUUAUCAGAGGAAGCAACAAUGCCUAUCGAAGAGCUUCUGAAAAGAAUGAAACAGGGUGCAAAUGCAGAGGCUUUUGAAAAGUUGGUUGCCAGCAAUGGUAAUGGGCGUUUUGGUGAUGAAGAAAGCGACGAAGACGAUGAAGAUAGUGAUGAUGAUGUUGAUGAUGAAGAAGAUAAUGAAGUGGAAGAAAAUGUAGAUAGUAAAGUAAAAGAAGAAAGUGAAGAAGAAAAAUCAGAAGGUAAAAGUUCGGACAAAGAGAUCGAAACAAAACAAAAUGAAACGAAGGAGAAAAAAGAACCCACAGGUGAAGAGGAGGGUCAGACAAAAACUGAAGAUACCAAGAAAGAUGCAGAAAGCAGAGAAGAAAAAGAUGAAAAGGAAGAGAAUGUAGAGGAAGAGGAUGAAGAAGCGGAGGAGGAAGAAGAAGAAGAAGAAGAAGAAGAGGAUGAUGUUGAGGGAGGUGAUGAUGAUGAUGAUGACAUAGGUGCACCUGAGUCUGAUGAGGUUGGGAAAGACAGUGGCACGACGGCAAUAGUUGCAUUAAAACGAGGCGACCAACUAGUAGUUGCCAAUGUUGGGGACUCUAGAUGCGUUUUAUGCAGAGGAAAGAAAGCGGUAGAUAUGUCAAAAGAUCACAAGCCCGAAGACGAAAGUGAGACUGAAAGAAUUACGAAAGCAGGGGGUAAGAUAACUGGAGAUGGCAGAGUGAACGGGGGACUAAAUCUCUCAAGGGCUAUUGGUGAUCAUAAUUACAAAAACAACGAAAAGUUGUCACCACAUGAACAGGUUAUAACGGCUGUUCCCGAUGUCGAGGAGAUAACACUCACAAAGGAUGACCAAUUCAUGAUCAUUGCUUGUGAUGGAAUCUGGAAUAUCAUGACGAGUCAAGAGGCUGUUGAUUUCGUAAGUAAAAAGUUGGAGGAACAGAAAAAAGCGGGGAAAAUUUGCUUGUCCAAAAUAUGCGAAGAGAUAUUCGACGAAUGCCUUGCUCCAGACACAAGUGGAGAUGGGUCCGGAUGUGACAACAUGUCAUGUAUAGUUAUACUUUUGAACGAAGAAAUAAUCAAAAACGUCCCAAGAAAGCGGGUGUCCGAAGAAGUGACGCCAGAUACUGACGAGAACCCGGCUAAAAGGCAGAAAGUUGAUGAGUAAACGAAGAAAUUUUCACGCAAACCUGGUGACGUGUUUGAGUCCGGGCAAUCUGCAAAACGAACCAUGUUCAGGCCCCAUGUUUUCAAGAAAGAACAAUACUGUACUUUCCUAGAAUAAAACGAAUGAAUAUUGUAUUAAUAUUAGUGUGCAGCAAUAGAGUUAACACUGAAAUAAUUAAGCUAAGCAGGUUUAAGCUGGAAAAGGUGGGGUUUUUUUAUGGUGCUUGGUGGCAACUUUUGGACAAUUAUAUGGCUUCUCCCCUUUGCCUAAUCAUAUAUUAUUAGCCAUGCGUCAGUUUUGAAGGCUAAUUUAUUAUAUGAUAAUAAGAAUUUAGAAGGAAAUCGUUGAUAAAAUCAACACUAGCUUUUCAGGAUUCAAUUUACGUCAAUACAUUUAUGAAUGUUAACAUUUUGGUUCAGUUAUUCAUAACUUAAAGGAGAACUUUUGCUUCUGUGUUUCUUUAAAUCAAGCUCUUAUUCUUCAAUGCAUAUCUUCAUUUCCACACAGUGACGUCAUUUGUUAAUGGCUAGAGCUCAACCCCCUAAUCUGCAUCAUUUAUAUAAACAUCAAAUCCUAGAUGGAAUUUUGAUCCUAAGGAAGAAUCGUUGCCGCAGAGAAAUGGUGACAUCUAGAAAAUACCCAUUUUCUUUAGUGAAGAUGUUUGCAACUGCAAUCAAAGCAUAUUUAAUUUUGCAUUAUUUUCAAAUCACGCACGUUUAUUUUUGCCAAUAUAAUAUCUUCGCUGA